AUGGUCCAGAAGUGGAUCUUGGUCCAACGCUGUGUUCCAGAUGCUGCUCUCUCUCUCGGCUCUCUUUCCUCCCCUCUUUUCUCUCCCUCCUCCUCUCUGCUUCUCUCCCUCCCCUCUCCUCUAUCCGUCACCAUCUCUCGGUUCUCUUUCCUCCCCUAUUUCUCCUCUCUCACUCCCUCCCUCUCCCCCUUGCCUCUCCUCUCUCCCUCUCUCUCUUCUCCUCUCCCCCUCUUUCUCCCUCCCAUCUCCCCCCCCUCUCUCUGCCUCCCUCUCUCCCCUUUCCUCUCCUCUCUCCCCUCUCCCUCUCUUGCCUCUCCCCCUCCUCUCCUCUCCUCUCUCCCCCCUCUCCCUCUCUUGCCUCUCUCCCUCCCCUCUCCCUUUACAGCUCUCGCCUCUCUCCCUCUUCUCCUCUCCUCUCUCCCCCCUCUCCGCUCGCCCUCUCGCCUCUCUCUCCCCUCUCCCCCUCUCCCCUCUCCCUCACUUGUCUCUCUCUCCCCUCUCCCUCACUCGCCUCUCUUUCCUCUCUCCCUCUCGCCUCUCUCUCCCUCUCCCUCACUCGCCUCUCUUUCCUCUCUCCCUCUCGCCUCUCUCUCCCCUCUCCCUCACUCGUCUCUCUUUCCUCUCUCCCUCUCGCCUCUCUCUCCCCUCUCCCUCACUCGCCUCUCUUUCCUCUCUCCCUCUCGCCUCUCUUUCCUCUCUCCUCCCCCUCUCGCCUCUCUUUCCUCUCUCCCUCUCGCCUCUCUCUCCCCUCUCCCUCUCGCCUCUCUCUCACCUCUCCCUCACUCGUCUCUCUCUCCCCUCUCGCCUCUCUCUCCCCUCUCCCUCACUCGUCUCUCUCUCCCCUCUCCCUCUCGCCUCUCUCUCCCCUCUCCCUCACUCGUCUCUCUCUCCCCUCUCCCUCUCGCCUCUCUCUCCCCUCUCCCUCACUCGUCUCUCUCUCCUCUCUCCCUCCCCUCCCCUCUCCCUCCGUCUCAUCUCCCCCAUACCCUCUCCUCUCCCCUCCCCCUCUCGCCUCUCUUUCCUCUCUCCCUCUCGCCUCUCUCUCUCCCCUCUCCCUCACUCGUCUCUCUCUCCCCUCUCCCUCACUCGUCUCUCUCUCCCCUCUCCCUCUCGCCUCUCUCUCCCCUCUCCAUCACUCGUCUCUCUCUCCCCUCUCGCCUCUCUCUCCCCUCUCCCUCACUCGCCUCUCUUUCCUCUCUCCCUCUCGCCUCUCUUUCCUCUCUCCUCCCCCUCUCGUCUCUCUCUCCCCUCUCCCUCUUGCCUCUCUCUCCCCUCUCCCUCUCGCCUCUCUCUCCCCUCUCCCUCUCGCCUCUCUCUCCCCUCUCCCUCUCGCCUCUCUCUCCCCUCUCCCUCACUCGUCUCUCUCUCCUCUCUCCCUCCCCUUCCCUCUCCCCCUCUCGCCUCUCUUUCCUCUCUCGCCUCUCCCCCUCUCGCCUCUCUCCCCUUGGUUUCUCAUGUAUGAUAAAACACAGCGCUGCAUGUGGAGCAGGGACCUCCAGGCGGUUUCACUGGAGGAUUUUCAUUCAUCUUUUCUCCUCCUCCUCCUCCUCCUCCCCCGCUUCCUCCUCCUCCUCCUCCUCCCCCUCUUCCUCCUCCUCCUCCUCCUCCUCCCCCUCUUCCUCCUCCUCCUCUUCCUCCCUCUCGCUCGCAGUCUGUGUGCCCAGGCAUGUGGAGCCGGGAUUACAGUGA